UACUCUUUAUACAUUAAUAGAGUGGUUAAAGCUCAUAAAUAGUACUACAGUCUUAAUUAUGACUUCAUUUUGAUGGUAAAAAACAUAAUUGAAUUCAUCAAAACCAAAACAUCAAAUAAAAAGUAAGAAAACAGGCGCAAACAUCGGCGCACCAAACGUUUACAUUUCCAAAAUGGAGCACCAUCAAACGAAUACCGGGAAUCCGGGCUCUAAUUACUAAAACACAGACCGAGAUUCAUUAAAUCGGUAAGGAAAUUAAACCGGUAGUAAUCCGAAUAGUUGCCGACAGCCCGACACCUUAAAACGUUAUCGGUAAUUUUAUUCAGGGGUUGAUUCCAGAGUAAUUAAGCCAGAUAACACACGCAAAAGUUACAAAUGAUUAUUUGCUAGCAUAGAAUAGGUACGAUUAAAUUUGGCGCAACUCUAGUAAAAUUCAAAUUUCGAAUUUCGAAUAUCGGAUCUGAAGAUGGCGGGACGCGCGCAAAGCGAAGUCAGUCGGGCUUCGGCGCUCGUGUAGUAAGGACGUGUAUCUGUGUCCAUUUGCAUCGCGCGCGGCGUUUACGAUCGUAAAACCACCCUUGAUGAGUAACAGACGUCGACUUUACAACGUAAAAUGGAUUUCAGUGUUUUGUGAAACGUGUUUAAAUUUGUAUUUAUCGGGAAUCAGUGUGUGAUCGUUAGGAUUUAUUGUGACGGAUUAGUGUUUUAGAUUUUUAUAGGUUGUGUUGUGUUCUGUGUUAAAAUAAAAUAGUGAACUGCGCUCAGUUUCUACUCCUAUUGGAAUUGUUGGAACAUAUAAACAGAUUCCAUCAAAGAAGUGUGAGUGGGUAAAAUGAGAGUGAGCUAGUGAUGUACCAGUGUCGAUAAUAGUGCUGUGCAACAUGUCGAUGCUUUUGGCUAUCGGCGUUUUGUUGAUGCAGUGCGCUUGGAGCCGGCAGGAGAAUCUUAUUGAGGAAUCAACGGCCAUUGAAUCUCUACACGCACCGACCGGUGGCGGCGUCGAGCUGCCUUGUGACGUCACACCAGCUCUUCCCGAUGACCGAAUGGGGCUGGUCAUCUGGUACAAGCAGGGCCACGACGCGCCUAUAUACUCGCUUGACACCAGAGAAGGCGUGACGUCACACUGGUCAGAUCCCGGCACUUUAGGCACCCGGGCGACAUUUCGCAGCGACACGAGGCCCGCUGUGCUAGUGCUCACUAAACUUAGGCCUGAAGACAGCGGGCAGUACCGGUGUCGAGUGGACUUCAUCAAGUCGCCUACAAAGAACACGAGGCUCAACCUCACAGUACUCAUACCUCCAGAGAGGCUGAUCAUCCUGAACCAAGAGGGCAACGAGGUCCAGGGCGGCAUACUCGGGCCCUAUGAUGAAGGGGCCGAGGUCAAUUUGACAUGUGUCGCCGUUGGAGGUCGCCCAACAGCACGGGUGUCAUGGUGGAAGUCACACGCCCUGCUCGCGAAUUCCGAAGCCAGAGCUGCAGUCAAUUUUAGGCUGCAGCGGUCAGAUUUGGGCACGGAGGUCACAUGCCAGGCCGUGACAGACCCGUCGCUGGCGCCGGUCUCCGAGAGUCUCUCCAUCGACGUAAACCUGCGUCCCCUCUGGGUCCGACUGCAAGGCGGCAAGCGCCCCCUAGUGGCCGGGCAGAAGACCGAACUAAUCUGCCAAGCUGUAGGCGCGAGGCCCAAACCCUCAAUCACAUGGUGGCGAGGCGGUACCAAGCUUAAGAAUGUUAGAGAAACUACCUCCACCGAUGGUAACAUCACCAACAGCAUCCUGACCUUCGAGCCAGCCAUCGACGACGCAGGCAGAGUCCUGUCUUGCCGAGCGACCCAACCUUCCCUACCCCACUCCACACAUGAGGAUGGAUGGAAGAUGGAGAUCCAACAUCUACCGCUGGUGAAGCUUGAGUUGGGAGCGAACCUGGACGCCAGCAAAGUCGUUGAAGGUUCUGAUGUGUACAUAGACUGCAGAGUGCGAGCAAAUCCUUGGCAUACGCACGUACAUUUCACUCACAAUGACAUGGUAGUAAAACCCGGACCCGGAGUACUCGUAGCCAACCAGAGUCUGGUGCUUCAGAAGGUGUCCAGGAAAGCGGCCGGGGCUUACGUCUGUGCCGCCAGAAAUGCCCUGGGAGAGGGCUUUAGUGAAAAGCUCAUGUUGGAUGUUAAAUAUACCCCUACGUGCAAGUCUUCGCAGCCUGCCGUACUGAGAGCUGCCAGAGGAGAGCUCAUCGAAAUUGAGUGCGAUCUAGACGCCAAUCCAAAGGAAUCCAUGACGUACCAUUGGUGGUUCAACAGUUCUGCUCACAGCAAGCAUGAGCUCACGGCGGCUUCCACGCUAAACGCAGCACAGAGUGGUACAUAUUUAUACAUGGUCAACACAUCAUCUGACUACGGAUGGGUCCAAUGUUCCGGUACCAACAGCGUCGGACGGCAGACAAAGCCGUGUCUCUUCCAUAUUUUACCUGCAGAUAAACCUUCAGCAGUCAAAGCGUGUGAGAUUACGAACGUGACGUACGACUCUUUGACUCUGAAUUGCACGCCGGGGCACGACGGCGGUAUUCGGCAGUCUUUCUUAUUACAAGUAUUCGACAUGGGCACAGGCCUGCUGCUAGCCAAUCUGAGCAGCGACGAGCCAGAGCUCCAUGUGUCUGGUCUCUCGGCCAGUAACUCUCUGUCAGUGGCCGUGAGAGCGUACAAUAGGAAAGGGGCCAGUGAACCUUUGACAUUGACGUCAAGUCUGCUUAAAUAUCCUCAAAGACAUACAGCGCAAGUCCCCGUGAAAGUGGAGCUGACGACCGUUCUGAUCAUCGUGCUGGUGUCCGUUGGAGUCAUCGCCGCCAUGACGGCGGUGUCCGCCACAGUCUUUUGUUGCAAGCACUGCAAUAAGAAAAACAAUAAAAAUGAAAAAGAUAAAAGACAACAGGACGAAACUUCUAACGUGCCUUUGACAGGCACGAAAGAGUCGGACAGCGUCGACAGCUUGGAUAAAAACCCAGACAUCAUACCGCUAGAUGGUAAAAUCAGCGACAGCUGCUCAAACAAGUCCUCCACAACCGAUUACAGUUCAAUACGACCAUUAAUAUCGAAGAAUCCGGCAGAAAAAUACGAUUCAGUCCCACCCAACUGCGACAGAUUCUAUGAUCAUAACAUAGACCCAUGCAAUCACUACAUACAAAUCCGUCCAAUGGAGUACAGGGUACGGCCGACAUACCAGCCGAACCCCAUGGCGAAUCUUGGGCCUAGUAUACAGAGUCUUGGGCCUAUGAGCAGCUUGGGUGUGCCGAACGUUGGGCCGAAUGAUUGCCAUAGGCCGCCGUAUGAUAAGGUGUACGAGGAUUGGUUGAAGUAUAAGAAUGCAUUGCCCUUGAAUACUAGUGGUUUGCUUCCAGCCGAGCAGCUAAUGCCGCCCGAACUGUACGCCACCCCUCCCCCCUCGCUCUACAGCAACCCCCGCACCCCCCUCCCGCUCCCCCUCCCAGAGCUCGACCACCGGUACCUGGAGAGGGACGGCAGGUGUUCUAACUCGCCCCCGGUCCGGUUCAACACGGACAACAGUGUGUAUUAUAAUAAGAUGAUGGAGAGGAGUACGAAUACUUUGCCGCAUUUGAAGAGGAUAAAUGGUAACACAAUUAAUCAAAAGCCGACUGAACUCAAACAAAGUGCCGGUAAAUCUACGGACACAAGUUUAGAACAUGUCAAAAUGGGCAGUCAAGAGUGCUAAACAAGUGUCAAGUGUUGCCAUUGUGACUAUUACGGCCAGAUGACAGUGUCAGUGUUGCCAGAGUGACUCGUGGCCAUAUGUAAACUUGUAUAGGUUAAGUAAGAAAUCAAGAAUUUUAAAAGUGUUUUAAGUGUAGCUGUACAAUAUUUUAUGACAGUAUUAAAUUACAGCAAAAUGGUGUUUUAACGUGUUCAUUAUAUAACACAACUUAACGAAGUGUAAUCUGGUUUUGAUACGGUGAAAAUAGCUUGUAGUAAAACAUCGGUCUAAAGAUUUUGGCUAGUGACAAAUGGGUUUAUUUUGCUCCCUGGGGUUUAGUCAGAUGUUUAAAGAGGUAUUAAUGUUUAUUCUUAUCAGAAUAUAGGUAGGCAUGUUGAACUUGCAUAUUUUAUUGCAUGAGAUGGUUAAUGUAACCCCGGUGCACA